GCUUGCAUGCGUAGUCUCCGUGCGCACUGGUGAGAAGCUGAUUACGGAAAUAGCAAUCUGGGACACUUCUUUUAUCACAAGGCCAGUGUUAUUGACUUAUUACACCGGCUUUGGGGAAGGGGAAGGGAAGUAACUCACACACGUGAGUGGCAGCCAGUAUGGCAUCUGGGGACGACAGCAACAUGAUGAAUACACCACCCCCAGGGCCUACCCCAUCUUACCCUCAAGACAAUGUGCAGAUGUUGCAGAAGGCUAUUAGCCAGAUGGAAGAGAAAGGGAUGCAAGGAGACCCAAGAUAUGAUCAACUGAUGGUCAUGGCAAACAGAGCCAAAAACAUGCCAGGAGGGCCUGGACCACAUGGCAUGCAAGGGGGACCAGGUGGGCCGGGAAUGGCUGGCACCCCUCCGCAUGGAAUGACCAUGGGGCCACAGUCACAGGGAAUGCAAGGGCCAAUGCCAGGAAUGCACCAAGGUCCUCAGGGAAUGGGUGGUCCAAUGCCAGGUAUGGGUGGGCCACAACCAGGAAUGGGUGCUUCCCAACAAGGGAUGGGUGGAUCUCAGUCCCGGGAUGGGUGGGCCUCAACAGGGAAUGCCUGGUGGCCCACAGCAAGGAAUGGGUGGAGGGCAGAACAUGAAUGGAGGAUCUCAACAGGGCAUGAAUGGUGGCCCUCAGCAAGGUAUGCCCGGAGGUCCUCCAGGUAUGCAAGGACCUGGAGGCAUGCCCCAUGGAGGAAUGGGUGGUCCAGGUCCCAACAUGCAGGCAAUAUGGCCUCACAGAACAUGGGAGGUCCCAAUGACGGGCCAAUGGGGGCACCUGGUUGAACAUGCCUCCCGAACAUGAACAAUCCCAAUGUGCCAACAAGUAGUACAUCGAUGUCGCAACCAUCAUCCAACAUGGGCGGCCCCACAGUACCCAAUACUAGCGGUAGUGGUGGUGCCAUGAACACAACAAUGGCUGGCCCUGGUAUGAACUCUGGCCCUGGGCCUAUGGGACCUGUUUCAGGGAACAUGGGGAUGGGACCAAACAUGCCACCCCACAACAUGGAGGGGAAUCAAGGUCAAGGUAAGAUCCAAGGCAGUGCCCCACAAGGAAUGCCCCCGGGACAGAUGCCCCCUGGAGGACCCCGCCCCACCGCCUUCAGCUCCGCACAGCUCCAUCAGUUGCGAGCACAGAUCAUGGCCUACAAGUUACUAGCUCGCAACCAGAUCAUCCCGGACACACUCCGGUUAGCUGUGGAGGGUAAGAGGCCACUGGGACCAUUUCCUAGACCAGCAGAUCCUCACCAGAUGCAGCAGAUGAGGAUGCAACAUCAGCAGCAGCAACAACAACAGCAGCAGCAACAGCAGUCUCAACAGUCAUCUGACCCAUCACAGCAGCCGCCGCAGAUGCAGAUGAGGACAAUGUCAAGUACUGCCCCGCCCUCAGCGAUAAUGUCUAAUGGAGCCCAGGUCCCAGCAUCAACACCUGACAGUGGAGCUCCAACACCCAGACCCACCCAGCCUAGUCAGCCCCCUCCACCUUCAGUGCAAGCUAUGAUGGCCCUUCAGCAGAAGCAGAACCGUAUUGCACCGGUGGCUAAACCACAGGGAUUGGAUCCUAUUGAGAUGCUGAAUGAGAGAGAAAACAGACUUGCUGCUCGGAUUGGAUCUCGGAUCCAGGAACUCAGCAAGAUGCCGGCCACCAUGCCUGAAGACAUGAGAUGCAAGGCUAUGAUAGAGCUCCGGGCGCUCAGACUUCUCAACUUCCAAAGACAGCUGAGAACUGAUGUAGUGUCCUGCAUGAGACGAGACACCACUCUAGAGACAGCCCUCAACACCAAGGCAUACAAGCGCAGCAAGCGACAGUCACUCAGAGAAGCACGUAUCACCGAGAAGCUGGAGAAACAACAGAAGGUGGAACAGGAGAGGAAGAAGAGGCAGAAACAUCAGGAAUAUCUGAACGCAGUGCUCCAGCAUGCCAAGGACUUCAAGGAGUUCCACAGGAAUGUAACAGCCAAGAUCAGCAAGCUGAACAAAGCAGUGAUGACGUACCAUGCCAACACUGAGAGGGAACAGAAGAAGGAGCAGGAGAGAAUAGAGAAAGAGCGUAUGAGACGUCUCAUGGCUGAAGAUGAAGAGGGUUACCGUAAGCUGAUUGAUCAAAAGAAAGACAGGCGCUUGGCCUACCUGCUCCACCAGACUGACGAGUACAUUGACAAUCUCAUGAAACUGGUCCAUGAACACAAGGAAGAUAUCCGCAAGAAGAAGAGGCACAGGAAGAAGAAGAAGAAGAGGCCCAAGGUUCCCAAGGAAGGGCAGAGUGGCGAUGCCCUUAAGGAAGGGGGGGACGAGAGCUCUAACAUGAGCGAGAUCCAUGCAACUGUGAAGGAGACGGCUACUGGGAAGGUGUUGAGUGGGGAGGAUGCUCCUACUGCUGGACAGCUUGAUUCUUGGCUAGAACUGCACCCUGGAGAAAUGCGGGAGGCGGGAGGGGAACUGACCCAGGUCCCCCCGUCCAAAGCCAAAAAGCCUCGUAGGCAAGGCAAAAAGUCACGCAGCCAGUCGCCUUCUCACGCUCCUAGUAGCGGUUUUGACAUGUCGCUAAUUACGCAGAUGUUCCAGCAGCACGCGGACUCGGCGAGGUCCCUCGCUCAUGAGUCGGUUGAGGGCUCCCGCAGGAGUUCCUCGCCCACUCUGAGCGACUCUGAAGCCGAUGAGCCACUUCCACAGCCUUCCAUAUUGACUGAGAAUAGACCUGGUACUAUAGCGACAAGCCCAGAAAAUCUAGACGAGGAGACUGCCAACAAGAUUAUACAACAAGCGUCUACUAAGGAUGAGGAUGAUGAGUACAAGAAUCUAGAAAACUACUAUGGCGUUGCUCACACUGUCAGAGAAAAGGUGUUCGAACAGGCGUCCAUCUUGGUCAACGGAACCCUGAAGGAGUACCAGGUGAAGGGUCUAGAAUGGCUUGUCUCCCUAUACAACAAUCACCUGAAUGGUAUCCUUGCUGAUGAGAUGGGUCUAGGAAAGACCAUUCAGACCAUUGGUCUGAUUACAUACCUCAUGGAGAAAAAGAGAGUAAACGGGCCAUUCCUUAUCAUUGUGCCAUUGUCAACAUUGUCCAACUGGAUCAUAGAGUUUGAGAAGUGGGCCCCCUCUGUUAUUAAGAUCCCAUACAAGGGUUCACCACUGGUUAGGAGAAACAUCGCCCCACAGUUGAAGGGAGGCAAGUUUAAUGUGCUCCUGACAACAUACGAGUACAUCAUCAAAGACAAGGCCAUUCUGUCCAAGUUACGCUGGCGGUACAUGAUCAUCGAUGAAGGUCAUCGUAUGAAGAACCACCACUGCAAGCUGACCCAGGUCCUCAACACCCACUACAUUGCCCCCCACAGACUGCUGCUCACCGGAACCCCACUCCAGAACAAAUUGCCAGAGUUGUGGGCCCUCCUGAACUUCCUCUUGCCAUCCAUCUUCAAGUCCUGUGCCACAUUCGAGCAGUGGUUCAAUGCUCCUUUCGCCAUGACGGGAGAGAAGGUUGAGUUGAACCAGGAAGAGACCCUGCUGAUUAUCCGACGUCUCCACAAGGUGCUUCGACCCUUCCUCUUGAGACGGCUGAAGAAGGAGGUGGAGUCUCAGCUACCUGAGAAGGUUGAGUAUGUGAUCAAGUGUGAGAUGUCGGCUCUACAGCGCUUCCUGUAUCGACACAUGCAACACAAGGGCGUCCUGCUCACUGAUGGAUCUGAGAAGGACAAGAAAGGCAAGGGAGGAGCGAAGCUUCUGAUGAACACCAUCAUGCAGCUUAGGAAGAUCUGUAACCAUCCCUUCAUGUUUCCUCACAUCGAGGAGGCCUUCGCAGAAACAGCAGGAUCACAGGGAGGAAUCGUCACUGGCCCUGACCUGUACAGAUCCUCAGGAAAGUUUGAGUUGCUGGACAGAAUGUUGCCAAAACUGAAGAUGCGUAACCAUCGAGUCUUGUUGUUCUGUCAGAUGACGUCUCUGAUGAGUAUUAUGGAGGACUACUUUGUGUACAGAGGUUUCCGGUACCUGCGUCUUGAUGGAACAACCAAGUCUGAGGAUCGAGGUCAUCUCCUGCACCUGUUCAACCAACCGGACUCCCCCUACUUUGUGUUUCUGCUGAGUACCAGGGCUGGAGGUCUCGGUCUGAACCUGCAGGCUGCCGACACAGUCAUCAUCUUCGACUCUGACUGGAACCCUCAUCAGGACUUACAAGCCCAGGACAGAGCUCAUCGUAUCGGUCAGAAGGCAGAAGUGCGUGUCCUACGUCUAAUGUCAGUCAACAGUGUGGAGGAGCGUAUCCUGGCUGCUGCCCGCUACAAGCUGAACGUGGACGAGAAGGUCAUCCAGGCUGGCAUGUUCGACCAGAAGUCCACUGGCUUCGAGAGGAAACAGUUCCUUCACGAAAUUCUCAUGAAUGAACAAAACGGAGAAGAGGAAGAAGAUGAGGUUCCUGAUGAUGAAACCAUCAACCAGAUGUUGGCCAGAACAGAGGAUGAGUUCGAGGUCUAUCAGAAAAUGGACAUUGAGCGCCGUCGUAAUGAAGCCAGAGAGGGAGGCAAGAGGAAACCACGACUGAUGGAAAUUGAUGAACUGCCAUCUUGGAUUACCAAGGAUGAGGAAGAGGUUGACAGACUGACAUGUGAGGAGGAGGAAGACAAGCUGUUCGGCCGUGGAUCUCGACAAAGGAAGGAGGUUGAUUACUCGGAUCAACUUACAGAGAAGCAGUGGCUUCGGGCUAUUGAAGACGGCAACCUUGAUGAAGUGGAAGACAAGAAGCGAGUCACAAAGAAAGGUCGUAAGAGGAAGCCGGUAGAUGAUGAUAUGGACCAGACGCCAAAAGUUAAGAAGAGGCGAGGUCGACCUCCAGUAGAGAAAAUGACCCCGAACCCACCGAAGCUGACAAAGAGGAUGAAGAAGAUACUUGAUGUUGUGAUAAACUACAAGGACAGUGAUGGCCGAGUGUUGAGCAGUAUGUUUAUGCAGCUGCCGUCAAAGAAAGAACUCCCUGAAUACUACGAAAUUAUCAGGAAAGCUGUAGACUUCAGAAAGAUAAAGCAACGCAUUGUGGACCACAAGUACCGCAGUAUAGAUGACCUGGAGAAUGAUGUGAUGUUGCUGUGUAAAAACGCCCAAGCUUACAAUGUGGAGGGAUCAGUGAUCUAUGAAGAUUCCAUCGUGCUACAGUCAGUAUUUACAAGUGCUAGAGAGAGGUUGGAGAAGGAAGGCAUGGUGUCGUCAGAUGAGAGCGCUGGAAGUGAAGAUGAGGAGGAUAUGGAUGACAAGGAUGAACAAGAUGAUGAUGCUGAUGAUGACGACAGCCAGCAUGUGAAGAAACACAAAUUGUCUAAAGACAGCAAAAAGUUUUUACAGACUCCAAGCGGCAAGCAGCGAGGGCCCAAACCUAGGAAGGCAAAGGCAAAGCCCAUCAUCAGUGAUGAUGAAUCAGAAGAGAGUGAUUCUGAUGAUGAUGAGGUGAUGCCAUCACGCAGCUCAACACGGACAUCAUCCCCAAGUCCAGGACAUCGGAAACGACGUGAAUAGAAACACUCUCGUAGCUUCUCUCUGUCUUACUGUAACAUAACAUAAGUGUCUUGUAUUGUAUCUCGGUGGGGGAUGGAGAGCAUUGUCAUCUCCACUGGAAUCAUUAUCGCCGCCAUAUUGGUAAUAUGUACGAAAAUAGUAACCCAAGGAAGGCUACCUUGCUUUAAAUGAACCCAAUUACUAUUAUUAAAUGUACAAAAGAGAUAAUUCAUCUGGAAUGAUUUUAUUAUUCUUUUUCAUCGUCCUGAUAAAGGUGUGCUUCUGUAUUGACUUGUUUCCUUGUUGUAGAAAUUAGCACAAGUAUACUUUGGGGUUAUUUCAUAGUAUGGCUUAAAGUUCCUGUAUCUUUGAAUGUAGUGAACAUCCAAUGAUUUUAGUGUUCUAUGUUUCCUUCCACUUUCAUUCGGUCACCUAGUUUAUACACAAUUCAGUCACCAGUUGUUAUCAAGGCUUGGUUUCAUUCACCCUCACAUGGAUUAUUACAUGAAAUCAGCCAUGAAUUGAAUCAGAAUACUGAAAGCAUUGAUCAGAUAUUUAAUGUGCUUUUUUCCAUUUUCAUGUAGCGAGCAAAAAUCAUCACUUAAAAAAUAAACAUGAUGUAUGUAAA